AUGGAACUUCAAGAUCUUGUGCGCCAGUAUGAGCGCAAUGGCUACUUUGACGAGCUCAUUGCGGUUCUGGAGGCUGGCCUGGGUCUGGAACGGGCGCAUAUGGGCAUGUUCACCGAAUUGGGCAUUGCCCUCUCUAAGUACCACCCCAUCAUCUUAGGGAUGUUAAUGCGAGACCAGAAGAGCUUGAGAUGUUCCAUCACCCGGUCGGGGUGGUACUUAGAGAGGGCAAUGCCCAAUUCGGUGAACAUGCCCAAGAUGAUUCGGGCCUGCGAGGAUGCAAGUCUCUGGCCGGAGCUGGUCUUCUUAUACUGCUACUAUGAUAAGUAA